AAUUUAAUUUUUAUAAACUUUCCCCUCGAUAAAUGACAAUCCCUCAUUUCUUCUGAUUCCCGAUUAACCCGAAAGAUGAAUCACAGCCGUCGACCGGGCGUUUGAACGGUCAGAUGUCCAUUUUGAAUGAGAUCGUAUCCGUCGCCGUGGGUUUCUACAAACGUAUUCAAGCUCUGAUGUCGACUAGUGACCAAUCACCACCAGUUGCCACUGAAACGCCGUUGCUCGAUCAAGAACAGCCUCCGCCCGACGAAGAAGACGACGACCUCGGCCAAACGCUGCAAAGGCUAGAGAUGUUUCUGACGCUCCUCGGGUUUAACCAGUCGUCAACGCGAAGCCUCGUCUUGUCAUGGAUCGUGUUUUUGACGAUCGGUUUGGUGCUUCCGGUGACGGUGUUGGAGCUAGGACAUUGCAAAGGGUGUGAGACGUAUCAGAACAAGAGCUUCGAGCUCAACAUCGUGGUCUCGCAGGCGUGUCUGGCUGGUGUCUCUCUGCUCUGCGUUUCGCAUAACUUGAGGAAGUAUGGGAUUAGAGAAUUUUUAUUUGUUGAUCAACUCAGUGGUCGUAUGGGACGGCUCAAGGAUCAGUAUAUGCAGCAAAUCUCGGUGGAGGUUUUGGACGGAACACCGUCUUUGAAUGUCUGAAACCGCAACAUGUUA